AUGGUGGGCGCGGUGGUAUACCCGCUUUCGGGUACGGCCGAUUUGUCCAGGAUCGAAGCUCCAGUGACCUUCAAGGCCUAUCUACUCUGCGGCUUCGCAGCGUUUGGUGGUAUCUUUUUUGGAUAUGACACUGGAUGGAUGUCGGGUGUGUUGGGGAUGCCUUACUUCAUCACUCUAUACACAGGAUUGCAGUAUAACUACGAAACCGGAGAACCAGUAGAUGUCCCCAAAACCGAGUUCGGUCUUCCUUCCUCUCAAAAGUCUCUCAUGACAUCGAUCCUCUCCUGCGGUACCUUCUUUGGAGCUCUGAUUGCCGGUGAUGUCGCCGAUUUCCUCGGCCGCCGUCCUACUAUCAUCAUCGGGUGUCUCGUCUUCUGCGUCGGAUGCAUUCUCGAAAUCAUCUCGACCAACCAGGAAGUGCUAUUUGUCAUGGGCCGUUUGGUAUCAGGUGUGGGAGUCGGUUUCAUUUCCGCCGUUAUUAUCCUGUACAUGGCCGAGGUUGCGCCUAGGAAGGUUCGUGGUGCUCUUGUGUCAGGGUAUCAGUUCUGUAUCACGCUUGGUAUUCUACUCGCCAACUGCGUGACAUACGCCAGCUCGAACCGAAACGACACCGGUUCCUAUCGCAUUCCAGUCGGCGUCCAGUUCCUAUGGGCCAUCAUUCUAGGCAUCGGCCUCUUUAUCUUGCGUAAGUGGCCUCGUUCCCCCCGUUACUAUGUCAUGAAGGGCAAAAUCGAUCUUGCCGCCAGGUCUCUCUCGCAAGUUCGUGGUCAGCCACUGGACUCGGAUUACAUCAAGGAUGAGUUGGCGGAAAUUGUCGCAAACCACGAGUAUGAGAUGCAGAUUAUUCCCCAGACUAGUUACAUCGGCUCGUGGAUUGCUUGCUUCCAGGGUAUCAACUUCAUCUUCUACUUCGGCACCACCUUCUUCCAGCAGCUUGGCACGAUCCAAAACCCAUUCUUCAUCUCCCUUGUCACUACUCUCGUCAACGUUCUGUCCACGCCGAUUUCCUUCAUUGCUGUCGAGAAACUCGGCCGUCGUGUUCUUCUUAACUGGGGGGGUGUUGGCAUGGUCAUCACACAGUUCAUUGUCGCCAUCGUUGGUGUAACCGAAGGCCGCCCGGAGGCCCAAAACGACGCUGCUGUCAAGGUCAUGAUCGCCUUCAUUUGCAUCUACAUCUUCUGUUUCGCUUCCACCUGGGGUCCGGUCGGCUGGGUCAUCAUCGGCGAGUGCUUCCCGCUGCCCAUCCGUUCUCGUGGUGUUGGUAUCUCGACAGCCUGCAACUGGUUCUGGAACUGUAUCAUUGCCGUUAUCACCCCUUACAUGGUGGGUAACACACCCGGCUCGGCCAACUUGGGCCCCAGGGUGUUCUUCAUCUGGGGGUCUCUCUGCAUCGGCUCGACACUUUUUGCGUACUUUUUGGUUCCUGAAAUGAAGGGUCUGACACUCGAACAAAUCGACACGAUGAUGGAGGAGACUACACCAAGGAAGUCGAGAAGCUGGAAGCCGACGUCCACUUUUGCCGCGCAGAUGGGACGUGUCAGGGACGAGAAGGGCAGUGCGAACCAGCAGGAGUUUGCUCCCGAGUCGGAGCCGUGA